UUUCUGUUCGGGUUCCGAUCUGCUCAGUUCAGUGUCGGUUCGACCACGGUUCGUGUCGAUUUCGAAUUCGCAAACCCAAAUCAAAAUCAAAACCGAAAGCGAAAACCCAGAACCCGCCACUGUUCGGGAGCUAGCUGACCGGGUUGUGCCGUUCCGAUCCGUUGUCGUUGGGUCUUGCAAGUAAAAUUCAUGUUAAUGAAUGUUAAUUUAUACAUUUGUAAGAAUCUAAAAUCUGUUUUUCCAUACACAACAAUUAUUGGCGCGUCGCAGUCGCUGUGGCGGUGAUUUCAAAUUUGGAAACAGUCGCUCCCGAAACGUCGUCGCGAACGCAACGAGCGGUGAAGCUAUAUCUUUAGCUAUAUAAUAACGGUAGCAUAACGAAAAGGGUAACGAUCCCAUAGCCAUAAUGGAUCCCGAGUUUGUGAAUAAAUACAAUCAGGUCCUGAGUCGCCUGAAGCUCGUCGAGAACUUCGAUGGCAGUGAUCCUGGCAAAUUGCCACAGUUCCUUCACAAAAUCGAGGCCCUUAUGCCGGCCAUAAAUAGUUUCGAUGAUUAUUACAAGGCUCAGCUAAUAGGACACAUCAAGAAUAAGUGCACGGAUCGGGCGAGAGAGGCGGUCUUCACACGGCAGAUGAGCGCUCCCGUGGGCAAUGGAAAUGGUGCCGGCAAUGGACACCUACUGAAGGCCGAGUCCUGGCUGAAGCUAAAGGAUCAGCUGCUGUAUAACUAUGCGGAAAGGGAGUCCAGCUAUUCACUUAUACACAAAAUCCGCAGCGCUGUUUUGGAUUCAAAUAUCGAGCUUUACUACCAAAAAAUGGCCAAGCUGAAGCACAGACUGAUCAACAGGAAGUUGACCCACAAUGACACACUCUACGCAUUGGAGGAUAUUGAAAGGAUCACUCUGCAGGUGUUCCGUGAUCAUUUGCCUGAACCCACACACUCGAUGAUCCUGCGAAGGAAUCCAAAGAGCAUGGAGGAGGCCUACCGGUACAUAGUCGAAGUGCAGCAGCAGUUCUACACCCAGAGCGGAUCCCUGGCCAGUGACCACCAGGCGGCCACGUUCAGCACCAGCCACAAACAGCAGGCCUAUGGCGUGGGCAUGGGCGGAGUGGGAGUGAGCACCGUUGGCUUGGGUGUGGGCAUGGGCGCCGUGGGGCUGGGCCUCUCGUCCUACGCCCGCCAAAUGUCCGACAAGGGUCAGCAGCAGAAUAACUUGUCCAACAACAAGAGCUACUACAAUCAGGCAGCUCCCCCGGUGGGCGCUGGCAAGAACCAUCCCAUGUUCAAGAGCAUCGGCAAUCCCACCUUCAAGUCCAGCUUCAGCUAUAAUGGAAGCAGCAGCUCUAGCAUGGGAUCCGGAAUGGGUUACUCCAGUGGCAAGAAGGCGGAUGUGAAGCAGAACUAUCAGCAGCAGAAGAGCCAAAACUAUGCAAAAACCUCCUCGAUGAGUGGUUGGAAAAAAUAAGGAACACAACGAUCUCCCAGUGACCCGAACCGCUCACGAUCCAUGAGAUAAGCAGACAUAGAUGCAGCGUGACCUAAUCCCUUGGAGCCUGUGACUAAGCCAAGGCAAAGUGCUUGCCACCUCACGUAAUUACCCAAACCUCACCCUCUAAUGGUUCGAUGAUUGUACGGGGUGAUGUGGCUGCAGAUUAUAGAAUGUGAAUAUAGAUUAAAGUAAUGUGAAUAAUUAUAGAUGAGGAUUUGCAUCCUCAGAAGAUGAUAAUGAUGUGAAUACAAAUAAAUGAAUAAUCUAAUAUAUAAAUGAUACAGAUAAAUGUAAUUACGCUAGCACUACAUGAAAAUAAUACAAACCAUGUGAAUAUAGAUGAAGAUAAUACAAAUAAUAGAAAGUGAAGGUAAAUAAUAAUAAAAUAAGUGCGCAUACUGAUAAAGAAUAAUACAUAGUACUGUAAUUCAAACAAAUAACAAUAAAAUAUUUACAAUAUUAUCAAAUCUAAUUAAAACGCUUAAAAUUCAUGAGAAUUCAUUAUGAAGUUGAUAAAACCCACAGCAAAUGCUGAUAACUUGGAGUAAUUUACACUAAUAACCCUUCGAAAUCCCAGUGACAUAAAAGUAUUCUAUAUAAACACGAGCCUGAGAUAAUAGGAAAUGCGCCUGUCGAUAUCGGUACAAGAUAAUGAUGCAGAUCAAAAUGAUUCAACGGAUGAUGGCCCAUAAUGAUGACAUCGAUCGCGUGUCUAUCAACGAUGAUCGAUCCGCAGACAGUAUGGACAUGUUAAUUAUUAGCUCAUAAGAUGCGAGUGUACAUAGCCCCACGCCUCAGCCUCAACCUCCAGUCACAUUACCGCCUAUAUCUCCCACAAUUCCCCCCAUAU